CCCUCCCCAAGCCCAAAAGAGAGAUAAAGACACGAGAGAAGAAAACAAACACCCAAAAAGGGGGAGAAAAAAUUCCCACCCCUCUUUCCUCUCCUUGUUCUCUCUAAUAUUUCUCCAUCCUUCUGAAACGAAGGCAAACGGAUAUAGAAAGGGAGGAGAGAUUAUAGGGAUUGGGAAGAGUGAGGGGGGAGGGAUGACGUCGGGAGGAGGGAGGCUGCCGACGUGGAAGGAGAGGGAGAACAAUAAGCGGAGGGAGCGGCGGCGGCGAGCGAUCGCGGCGAAGAUAUUCUCCGGGCUGAGGACGCUGGGGAAGUACAAGCUCCCCAAGCACUGCGACAACAACGAGGUCCUCAAGGCCCUCUGCGCCGAGGCCGGCUGGGUCGUCGAGGAGGAUGGCACCACCUACCGAAGGGGAUGCAAGCCACCCCCACCACCUCCGCAGGCUGUGACCGGGGGGCAGUCAGCAAACAUAAGCCCCUGCUCCUCAUCCCACCAUCUGAGCCCACCAUCCUCUUCCUUCCCUAGUCCCGUCCCUUCCUACCAUGCCAGCCCAUUAUCAUCUUCUUUCCCGAGCCCCACCCGUCUCGAGGAUUCGAACCAUGGUGUCAACCCCUCCUAUCUCCUCCCCUUCCUCUGGAACCUCCCCACGCUCCCUCCUCUCCGCAUCUCCAACAGUGCCCCUGUCACCCCACCACUCUCCUCUCCUACUGCCUCUCGCCCUCCAAAACUUAGGAAACCAGAGCGGGACUAUGCUGCAUUCCACCCCCCUCUGUUUGCUGCUUCUGCCCCUGCUAGCCCCACACGCGGUCGCUGCCAUGGGCACCCUGCCACCAUUCCAGAAUGUGAUGAGUCUGAUGCCUCCACUGUCGAUUCCCGCCGGUGGUUUAGCUUCCAAAUGACAGCCCCAGCAUCCCCAUCCUUCAACCUUGUCAAUCCUGCUGCUCAAAUACCGGAGACUGUUGUGGCCCCUGGAGGAGGAGGAAUGUCUGACAGGGGACGAGGUUGUGUGGAGUUUGAAUUCGAGAAUGGGAGGCUGAAGCCUUGGGUGGGGGAGAGAAUUCACGAGGUUGGGGUGGAGGAUCUUGAUCUCACAUUAGGAGUGGGAAGCAGCGGGUCAAAGUGAAAGAGCUAGAGACAUCUUCCCUGCAGUCGCUGCGUAUUCGAAUUUAUCUUGAUGCAUUGAAAGCUUCACCUUCUCGGCUGCUGGUGUGUAGUUCUCUUCGCAGUCUUUUUUGAUGGUUUUCUUGCGUCCAUUUUUUUCCCCCCAGUAGCAUGGUGCAUGAAUGCAGACAGAUUUGUUUCUUUCAUUACUUCAAGCUCGAAAAUUGUUAUAUGAGCUACUGGUUUGGGUGUUUCUGCUCUCUGUAAAUGCCAAAAGCCCAUGGGUUUUCUUAUUAGAGUGCUGGACAUUUACUUCGAGCAUGCAAGUGUGAUAUUUGAUGUGUAAAGCUGUUAUACCUUUAUUUUGUAAAGUUCAUAUGAAUCUCUAGUUUCAAAGGUUGUACAUGCCUCCUAUGUCUGUUAUAUCUCAAGUAAUUUUAGGGAGA